AUUAUUAUGUUUGUGUGUUUGUAACCAAAAAAAAAAAAACCAGAAUUCUAUAGAAUCAUUAAUUUCUAUUUGCUGUUGUGUAUUUUUUUUUCGUUCGUGUGCAUAUAUGUGUGUUUGUUUCAUUAUAUGAAAAAAAAAUAACGAAUUUUGUCGUCGUCCUGGUAAACACCCAGGUGAACAAGAAAAUUGAAAACUGUCGCAGAGAUUUUUUUUUUUUUGUUGUUGUUGUUCAUGCAUUCGAUUCAGAAUUUUUGCCAAUUCAUUUCGCACUAUUGAUCUAUUGCGACUUUUCUAUCGGUUUUUUUGUGUCCAAAAGUUUUUUGUUUUUUUUCUAACCAAACAAAAAAUGAGCUCAUCAUCCGUAAAAGUUACCACCGGUAGUGGUGGUGGUGGUGGUGGUACUAAUCAACUUCAAUCUUCAUCAUCAUCGACAUCAACAUCGAAAAAAACCAAUAAAAUAGGCCGUCGUUCAGGCAAAGAUGGUUCAUCCAAAUUGAUCAAUGAAGAUGAUUUAUUGGUCAAAGAAUUCAUAUCACCUGACGAUGUGUGUAGCUUACCAUCGAUAACGAAACAAUAUCUUUGUAGUUCAGCAGCCAAUAUUUAUGAUAUUGAAUUUACACGAUUUAAAAUUCGUGAUAUGGAAACCGGUGUCGUUUUGUUUGAAAUUGUCAAAUCAGCUAAACAACAACAAUCCACCAAUCAAAAUGGACGACAAGAUUAUUCAGAUCCAAAAAUGACCAAUAUUGGCCGUUUUGUACGUUAUAAUUUUACACCAAAUUUCCUUGAAUUAAAAACCGUUGGAGCCAGUAUCGAAUUCAAAGUUGGACCAAAACCGAUUCAAAAUUUUCGAAUGAUUGAACGUCAUUUUUUCCAGGAUACAUUGCUCAAAACAUUUGAUUUUGAUUUCGGUUUUUGUAUACCGAACAGUAUCAAUACAUGUGAACAUAUUUAUGAAUUUCCAUCGAUUACGUCCGAGCUAUGCCAAGAAAUGAUCAACAAUCCAUAUGAAACAAAAUCCGAUAGUUUCUAUUUUGUCGACAAUCGUCUCAUCAUGCACAAUAAAGCCGAUUAUUCGUACAAUUGUGGACUAUAGUUGCCAACCAUUGUUGGUUAUGGAUAAAACAAAACAUGUUUUUCCGUUUUUUAUCGACCUUAAUGAUAAUUUGUAUACAUUCUGAUCAUUCAUUCAUUCAUUGAAAAUCAAGUCAAAUUGUCCAAAAAAACCCAUUUCAUAAUUUCCUUCGAACAAACAAACAAACAAACAAAAAAAUCCGAAAUCUAAUGAUAAUCUAUAUAUAAAUACAUGGAACAUUUUACCUGCCACUCCUCUAAUUUGUCAUAAUAUUGUAAAUGAAUGAAUGAAUGAAUUGUGUACCAUACCACAGUAUACUGAAAAUAUAAUCGCGCACACAACUUAAAA